AUGCGCGCACUUCGACCUUUGCUGUGGCGUCAAGCUCGUCGCAUCACCAGACAUCCGCCCGGGUACGGUCGCCGGCAGCACGACCAAUAUGGCCCUCACAAGGAAUACUUUCAAACCCCCGGCCAGAUGCCGAUUCCCGAGCCUCUUCCCUACCAGCAUGUGAACAUUCCUCACACUUCAAGUGUACCUUCGGGCCCCUCUCUUCUUACGCGCGCCUUUCGAUCGGUCUUUUGGGUAGCUCUCUCGGGAACUAUUGGCUUCACAGCUGGAACAGCCUUGAUAACCUGGGAAUACAUGCAACCACCCUUCGAACCGGGAUCUAUUGAAGAUCAAGAAUUGUUAGACGAGAUUUCGGAUACGUUAGAGAGUCAUCCUCUAGUGGAGUCACUUCGUGGAGCAAAUUGGAUCGAAGAGAACUUUUACGCUGGUCGCGUCAAUGGCCCAGGGAAAGGGUUAAAUUUCGUGUCACAGAAGCUUGCUGGAACACAGGGAAUCACAAUGAAGACUUUCAAACAUCCUUCGCAGAAGUGCACAAUGUUGGUGUUUUUCCUGGGCUUUGGUAUGGAAGGCUGGCCUGAUGUGAUCCACGGUGGAAUCGUCGCCACUCUCGUCCAAGAAGGGGUCGACCAACAUUUGCACAACUUCUAUCAGGACCAUGGGAAUCGACGGGCGUCCAUAACUUCCAUCGACUUCAAGAAGCCAAUGCGACCGGGUGACAUUUAUGGAGUUUUCGUUCCUCCGGCCGAGUUCGUAUCGGAUCCCUCUGAACCAGAAGUUCAACUGGGGCGGGUUCUGCCAUUGGUCCUGAACGUCGAAGCCCCACCCCAAGUCAUGGUUCAAUUUGACGAACAAGAAAAGAUAGAGCAGCAUAUCAUCGAUCUUCAUUCAUCCGAUGCAGAGGGCAGCAUACAUGCGGUUGCAACUAUCCAGGUUCAAAUGGUACAACCCCAUGUGGACGAAGCUAGGCUUGCUGAAAUUGAUGCGAACACCACCAUUCAGUCAGAUCACCCUUGGGGGCGCAAAGAAGACCCAUGA